AUGAACGUUGACGCCUUUCGCACUUCAAAUGAAUUUACUUCCAGUACGAGUGUCUGGGAUUCGUCUUCCGAGGCUUCCGUCUCUCCAGCGGAGCUUUGUAACCCCGCCUUCGAGGAGGACGAUCAAACCGAUAUCUGCCCUAUUGAUCAAGCGAUACCAGUGAGAGAUUCUAACGAUAAUAUCUCCUCAGAAUCAACUAAUUCUAUGUAUAAGAGUUCCUCAAAAGGGUCUGUGCAUAGCGAGCAAGCCUAUGUUCGAUUUUCGGAUUCCAAAACCAGGGAAAAGGAUAGCGAGCCCAAAACCGUUGUUAACCUUGGUUCUGCUUUGGACAGGAAAAGGUCCUUAUCAGAGAUAUUUCUGCGUACGACCAGUGCUAAAGACAGUCUCAAAAGAAAACUGCGGUCGUCAUUUU